CGGCCUCCGUCCGGGAACCGGCACGGAAGGAGAUCCACGGGCUGGGUCGCGCAACCUGGGUCCGGGACGUGGAUGGAGAUGGAGUUCGACUGCGAGAGUCUCAGGCGGCUCCUGGGAAAGUACAAGUUCAGAGAUCUAACUGUGGAAGAACUAAAGAAUGUAAAUAGGUUUUUCCCACAUUUCAGAUAUUCCAUGGACACCUAUGUGUUCAAAGAUAGUUCCCAGAAAGACCUGCUGAAUUUCACUGGCACUAUUCCUGUGAUGUACCAUGGUAAUACAUAUAACAUACCAAUUCGUUUGUGGAUCUUGGAUUCCCACCCUUUUGCUCCCCCCAUUUGCUUCUUAAAGCCAACUGCAAAUAUGGGUGUCUCAGUUGGAAAACAUGUGGAUGCUCAAGGCAGAAUAUACUUGCCCUAUCUUCAAAACUGGAGCCAUCCUAAGUCUGUCAUUGUUGGACUAAUUAAAGAAAUGAUUGCCAAGUUUCAAGAGGAACUUCCCCUGUAUUCUCUACCAUCGUCUGAUGAGGCACGGCAGGUAGACUUGCUAGCCUAUAUUGCAAAAAUCACUGAAGGUGUUUCAGACAUAAAUUCAAAGAACUGGGCAAAUCAUGAGCAUAAAACAGUCAAUAAAAUUACCGUGGUUGGAGGUGGAGAACUGGGAAUUGCCUGCACAUUAGCAAUCUCAGCAAAGGGCAUUGCAGACAGACUGGUCCUCUUGGACCUCUCAGAAGAGACAAAAGGAGGAGUGAUGGACCUUGACAUCUUUAACCUGCCUAAUGUGGAGAUCAGCAAAGAUUUGUCUGCCUCUGCUCAUUCCAAGGUGGUGAUCUUCACAGUCAACUCUUUGGGUAGUUCUCAGUCCUACCUUGAUGUGGUACAAAGCAAUGUGGAUAUGUUCAGAGCCCUUGUCCCAGCUCUGGGACACUAUAGUCAACAUGGUAUCCUGCUUGUUGCAUCUCAACCAGUGGAAAUCAUGACUUACGUGACGUGGAAACUGAGUGCAUUUCCUUCAAAUCGAGUGAUUGGAAUUGGAUGUAAUCUGGAUUCACAGAGAUUACAGUACAUUAUUACAAAUGUUUUGAAGGCACAAAUGUCAGGAAAACAAGUAUGGGUUAUUGGUGAGCAGGGAGAAGACAAAGUGCCCACAUGGGGUGGCCAAGAAGAAGUGAUGAGUCAUAACUCUCAAGUGCAGUUGUCCAACAGAGCCAUGGAGGUGUUACGGGUAAAAGGUCAAAGAUCCUGGUCUGUUGGACUAUCAGUGGCUGACCUGGUUGACAGUAUUGUAAAUGAUAAAAAGAAAGUACAUUCUGUAUCAAUUUUAGCAAAGGGAUAUUAUGAUAUAAACAAUGAAGUGUUUUUAAGUUUGCCUUGCAUCCUUGGAUCCAGUGGAGUAUCUGAAGUCAUCCAAAGCACAGUGAGGGAAGAUACAGCAACUGAGAAACUCCAAAGCAGUGCAUCAUCAAUCCAUGGUCUCCAACAACAGUUAAAACUUUGAUCCUAAAGUACAGAGUUACCUGAAAGGAAAGGUCAUUUAAUUUUGCCAACACAUACAGGGUUGAGAACUUCUGUAUCUUAUUAGUUACCCUUACAAACUGCUUGGUUAAGGUAGACGGUUUCCAGUUAGCGCUGUAAUUUGAAUCCUUAGGGAGUUAGAUAAGGCGGGGGAAGAAAUCUAAUUUUCUUUGUCAUUCUUGAGAUAUCUAAACUGUUCUUUAAAUCUAUAGAAGAUGUAGACAUUCAUCUACAAUCUACAACAUGCAUCAUUUAAAUUUAUGGAUCCUCAUCUAAAAGCACAUUCAGCACUUUGGGAAUAUUUUGAAAGUAAUAUACUUUUAAAAGAAAAUUACUCUUUAUUACAAUAAACAUGAUAAGCUGAAGGUCCAGUAUUGGUUUACAGAAUCUGUGCUGGGUGUGCUUUCAAGAGAUCCACAGCUUAAGGUAUUGUUUCUUCUUUAAAAUAAAAUCGGUAGUAAUAGGAAAGCAUUUUGUUUUCCCUCUUUAAAUUAAUUAGCUACCCCUGGGUGUCUCAGUUGGUUAAGCCUCCAACUCUUGAUUUCAGCUCAGGUCAUGAUCUCCCUGUUCAUGAGAUCAAGCCCCACAUCAGGCUCUGUGUUGAUGGUGCAGAGCCUGCUUGGGAUUCUCUCUCCCUGCCUCUCUCUCUCAAAGUAAAUUUUAAAACCUUAAAAAAAAUUAACUAGCUACUGAAAAGUAAAAAAAAGAAUUUUAUGUGCAUUUUAAAAUAUUAAAAGGGAAGGUAAAAUUUUUAAUAUUUGAAGAAAAAGUGUAAUUUCCAGUGGGACUGUCCUUUUUGAAAUUUUCUAUAACCUCUUCUUGGGAUAUAUAAUAGAUCUCUAACAUCUCAAAAACCAACUAUACUGCUAGUAGCAUAGAGAAAUGUGUAUUUAAAAAAAUUUUUUUUAAGUUUAUUUACUUUUGAGAGAGAAAGACCGAGCAUGAGCAGGGUGGGGGCAGAGAGAGACAGAACCCAGAGCAGGCUCCAGGCUCCAAGCUGUCAGCACAGAACCCUACGCAGGGCUCAAACUCACAAACUGUGAGAUCAUGACCUGAGCCGAAGUUGGACGCUUAACCAACUGAGCCACCAAGGCGCCCCGAGAAAUAUGUAUUUUUAGUGGAAACAGAUUAUGAGUAAACGCCAAGCAAUUUAAGUUUGAAAUAUGAGGCUUUCCUGAAAACCAUUAGUCGUAAGGGGAAGAGGAUGGAUGGACUGGCUAUUCUGAGCAAAUCCUUUAACCCCUCCUGAAGAAAUGAUUCAGAGCACAUAUGCCUUGGUGAUGGGUCAGUAACUGUAUCUUCGUAUAUGAAAGGUAGCAUAUUAUUACAGACAUAACACACAACUAAUUAGUAACGACUAAUACCCAACACAUUUCAGGUAGUGUGAUGAACAUUUUAUUAUUUUAUUGAAUCCUAAAAAUAAUCCACUGAGGUUGGUUUUAUCAUUUUAUAGAGGAGAAAAUUGAGGUUUAGUGCCCAAGGUGUCACAGCCAAGAGGCACUUAAACACAUAGCCUCUACUUUUUCUAAGCACUAGAAGGAAAAGCCUAACAGCCAAAAUAGUUACCACAAGACCAUAAAGCUGGGGUUCUAUACACUAUAGAAGGAUUACUUCUAUUCUCAUGUAGAGGCUGACUUAAUUUUUAUUCCAACAGAGUUUUUUGAAAGAUUGAUUCCCUGACUUCCCAUACUUGCCCUCAGCAAAUAGCAGAGAGGAGUAUACAAUGAAAUAGGCGUUCAUUUAAUCAUUUAUAUAGUAUUGCCUGGAAGCCUACAAUACACCAGGCACCAUACUGGGCACUGCAAAUAUAGUGGUGAGCAAACCUGGACUAGGUACAAGCCCUCAUGGUCCAUACAAUCUAGUAUGGGAGACAUUGUAAUCAAAUCUCACAAAUAAAUGUACAAUUGCAAGCGUAAUAAGUACUGUGAAGAAAUUCCCAGUGCUUUGAAAGCAUAUAAUAGGCAAAUCCAAAGCUGGUCGAGAGAUAGGAGCCCAGUAGGGCAGACACAUCCUAGUUAAAAAGAAUCAAACUAAUUCUGAUUUAGUAUAGUAUUGAAUGCUUAUAACGAUGAGCUUAAAUCAUAAAGAUAAAGUGAAAUUAUACCCAGUGUCCCAUGUUUAAGAAUGUAGAAGAGUAUUUAAUAUGUUUGGAAAGAUUCCCACCAGAAUUAACUGGGAUAUAAAACCUUGGAUGUUUGAAGAGAUAAGCAUGAGUUCUGUGUAAGUUCACUACAUGGGUAGAUUAUUUUGGUGUCGCUCUUAACAGUGUAUUCUCACUAUCCUUUUGCACAAAAUAGGGAAGUAAGACUAAAAGAACCAUUUGUUGUAUUUUUUAAACUAGCCUUUUCUAAUACCUGUGAUCUAUUUAGAAAUUAGAUAAUUUCUACUAUCUAAUUUCUAAUACCCUCUUGAACAACAACCUAACUGCAGGAUACUGUAUAAUAGAUCAAUUACCAGGAGUUCACCAUGUUAAUUGCAAAUUAAGGUCAAUGCAAUGCAACAAACAAUUACUGAGCAUCUACUGUUAUUCCAAAUACUGUGUUAGAAUUUGAGUACUCAAAGUUGAAUAAUAGUCCUUGCCCGACAGAAGCCCUCCUUAUAGAAAUAAUUCUGUCAGUUAUUUCCUUAAGUGUUGACUAUUAGCAGUUGUGUUGUAGGUUUCAUAUGUAAGUCAAGAAACGGUACCACCACAUUACUUCGCUAUGAUUUGGUGAUAACUGCCAGUCACGGUUGUGAUAUUAACGUUCACUUCUUAAUUUUUCCAAAGUCAUGCAGUGUCUUCUUACGAUUUUUAGUGGGGCUUGGAUUAAAAUGCUUCUUUGAUUUUAUAGUACAGAGAUUAAUAUUUUCCAGUUUACAUUGUAGUUUUCCUCAAAUAUCAAGAACAAUGAAUAAAAUAAACUUUGACUUUAAAAUCACCCAAA